AUGUUCCGCAAUCAGUACGAUUCAGAUGUGACGGUUUGGUCACCGCAGGGACGGCUCCAUCAGGUUGACUAUGCCGUGGAGGCGAUGAACCAGGGAAGUGCCACCGUCGGGAUCAAAAGCAAGACACACGCUGUUAUCGUUGCACUUAAGAGAGCAACUUCUGAUCUUUGCUCCCAUCAAAAGAAAAUCUUCGAGCUUGACGAGCAUUUGGGAGCAUCAAUUGCAGGUCUUCUCUCCGAUGGCCGCAUUCUUGCGCGUUUUCUUCAAACUGAGGCUUCGAGCUGGCGCUGGGAUUAUAAGACCCCAGUUCCACUGAGCUUGCUUUGCAAUCGGGUCCAGUUGAAGCUGCAGGCGAACACGCAAUACUACGGACGACGACCUUUCGGUGUGGGACUUCUGAUUGCGGGUUUCGACAAAGAAGGUCCGCACAUCAUCAAGACUGAGCCAUCAGCUGAAGUGGUUGAGGCGUAUGCUGCAUCAAUUGGAUCUCGCAGUCAGAGUGCUCGCACCUAUUUGGAGAGGAAAUUCGACGAGUUUGAGAAAGCUUCGCUGGAUGAGCUGAUCACGCAUGCAUUGAUCGCGAUUCGAGACACCCUGCCAGCUGAUGAGAAUUUGACCACGAAGAACACAUCGAUUGCUUUUGUCGGAAAAGGACAAAAGUUUAAGUGUCUCGAGGACGAGGAUAUCAAGGAGCAUUUGGACAAAAUUGUUGGCGUGGCUCGUGCCGUGCAGCCGGGACAAGCUCACGGACAACAGCCCGAUCAAGCCGGUGGUCAAGGUGGACAGCCUGGACAAGGGGGACCCGGUGGACCACAAGGUGGUGGUCAACCCGGUGCAAUGGAACAU